AUGAAGCAAGUCCAGUAUGAGACCUUUCCCGGUGCCAAAGUCACCGAUGACAUGCUGGCCGAGGCUGCAAACCUUUUCAGCGAGAACUAUGGGAUUUGGGGAGAGCAAUCCCUAACUCCGGGAAAACGUAUCAGACUGGGCAAACGCCGGCUACGAGACCAGUAUUUGCCGGACCAUGCUGCCACGAGUUAUGUCAGGGUGACUGUUGACGGUACUCUUGCUGGAAAUGCAUUCAUCUGUCGUUGGAGACACGACGACCGCAGCAUUUGUUGGAUCACUCAAUUGGUGGUGCACAGAAACUACCGUGGGCGUGGGCUGGCGAGUGGGCUCUUGGGAUCUCUUCUGAUGCAUCCGGAUGAUGUAUAUGGUAUUAUGAGUUCCCAUCCCUUUGCGUGCCUGGCAGCCGCAAGAUCACUUGGAAUGGGGAUUGAGAAGGUGCCUCUCAACUUUAUCAAGGACAACGCGGAAGCAAUCCUGAAGGCGUCGCCCGUACCUUAUAUUGGAGAAGCAAAGCUGCGUGGCACCCUAUUCGAAGGCAGCAGUUCUACAGGACUUGUUUGUGGGGUCGACACUGGUUUCUUUGUCGAUCAUAAGGAGCCACUGGAGGCCCUGGAAAUAGUUCGGGAAACCCGCCAGUGGCCACUUGGGAACUUACUGGAUGGGCAUGAAUAUCUUCUUGUUCUGCAGAGCAAGCACCGAUUUAGAUCCGCCACAUCAACUAGUUAG